UCUAGUACAGAUAAUGUUUGCCUAAUUCAUGAACGAAUCAGACGUCGAUGAGGAGAGAGUUGACGAUAGUAGACUAACACGUUCGCGGUCACGUAGGAUCCCGCACGUGUUCCAAGCCCUACAACCGGAAGACGAAAGACGCAUUCGUGCCGAACGCAGAGCCCGUGCUCUUGCAGCAUCGAGAGCAGCAGCAAACGUUGCAGCUAGGGAACAGGCUGCAGCAGCAGCCAUGUCUUCUGCAGCAGCAUCCUCCGCUGCAACUUCUGUUGCGUUCUCGUCUGGACCCCAGUUGGGAAUGCCAACAGGGUCCACGGGCACUUCGAGUUCUGUAGGAUCACGACAGUCUACAAGUCAAAUGGCGGGCUCACAGUUCAGCCCGCUGACUCCUCGCAAAAGGGAGCUCAGAGAGCUCCAGCAGGUCGAAAGGAUUCGUGAACGAUUAGAGAGGGAACUGAAAGAAACAACCGAUAGGGUGAAAGAGAUAAAGAAUAGAGCAGCCAGGCUUGAUACGUUAGAGGCUGCCAAAGCUAAGUUAGAGGGCUUGGAUGACUCAGGAAUGAAUGAGCCCAUGAAAGUGUUGAGGGACAACAUGCUGUCGCUGCAUGCGCACGUGGACAGCAGGUUGGACUUCAUGCAGAGCACUUUGGACCAGAUCCUGGACAUUUUGACAAGACCAGGAUUUAGGCCACCAGCGGAAUCGCCGUUGCCGUUAUCGGCGAUGUCAGGCCCCUUUCCAGUUCAAGCUGGUACACAGCCAAGUGGUACGUCUGCAGCAGUCUCACAGACUGUUGCGUCUUCUUCUUCGGGUCCAGCAGUGAUUGCUACAUCACCACAAGAACCUGUCCCUCCACAAGGACAGCAGCAAGGUCAACGGUAUCCUAAAACCCCGAUGAAACCGCGUCUUGCCUUCUCAGGCGAGAGAAAGGAUGAGGAACUCAACACAUGGUUGAGAACGGUCCCGGUUUGGGUGAAGGCAAAGAGGACCUUGCCUGAGGACGAAGUGGUAACUGCUGCAUCCUACCUUGAGGGUAAGGCAGCCAAGUGGCUAGAUGGGGUAGUUGUAAAGGCCGGGUAUGGGAGGCGCAUGGCGGACUGGGCUAAGUCUCUAACGUUAGACCAGUUCAUGGAAAUGGUAGAAGCUUGAUGGCAUAAUCCACAGGAGGCACAAAGGGCCACUUAUGCCAUUAACAAACUAGACCAACGAAA